UGAGCGAGUGAGUGAGCGAGUGAGUGAGUGAUGCUGCACCAAGGCGCGCUUUCAUCCUCCUCCAUUGGGAAGAGCGCGCGCUGACAGCAGUCCAUGUUCCCAUCCAUUCUGCGUUUAACUGUGACUCGUUUCGCCAAACAGUGAGCGUGACAGGCGCGAGAACGCGCUGGUUAUGUUCUCAGCGCACCUCAGUAGUGCGCACUUGUGCGUCAGACACACCAAAUUCACUCAAACAAUCCCUGUGUGGCCCGGAAGACUCCCCUGUUUCCAAUGAUGACUUGUUUUCUCCCUCCUUCUUUUUUUUCCUUUUCCUUUCUUCCCCAGUUUUUUUUCCCUUUCUUUCUCCCAUCCAUUCAGAAGUGUUGCGUGUUGAGUAAGCGGCUCGGAGCAUCAGUGUGACUGAGAGUGCAACUGAAAGCAGUCGAGUCCAUCCGUCUGAAGAAGAGGAGGAGGAGGAGGAGGAGGAAUCACGGUGGAAAAGUAAAGCGCAAGGUUUCCAACGCCGUUCUUGUGGACCGUAGACUUUUUUUUUUUUUUUUUUUUGCUUUCUUUCCUAAAGGACACACAUCGUGCUGUUUAGCUGGAUACCGACUAAAGCUGUUCGAUUUUCUCCUGCGAAGAGAUUUCUUUUUUCCCCCUAUUUCACUCCACUUGAGUCUCAGCUUCACGGCACUUCGUCUCCUAAAGCGGCGAUGGCGCUGCGUGACGCGAAUUAACAAGAGUUUUAUUUUCCCCCAUAUUUCUCAAAAAAAUAAAUCAAAGAAAUUACAGACCUUCCAAGACAAAUCUCCACCCACUCUGAGUAUGGACUUGUUGAGCGAAUCCCAUGUGCUGGUGCUUUUCCUCACCUGCCUGGUGUCACUGUGCUGGGCCCAGGAGAAGGAUUACACAGUGAAGGAGGAGCAGCCGGAGAACGUGCGCAUCGGGAACCUGCGCAAAGACUUGGACCUAAAUCUGGACCCCAAUGUUAAGCUGUCCUCAGCCCUGGAGUUCAAACCUGUCUACAAGUCGGGAGAGGUUCCUCUGGUGAGGGUGGAGGCCAGCACUGGUGAGAUCUUCACUACGUCGAAUCGCAUCGACCGUGAGAAGCUGUGCUCCGGAGUGUUCAGCGAGAAGCGCUGCUUCUACGAGAUUGAGGUUGCCGUGCUGCCCGACGAGAUCUUUCGCCUGGUCAAGAUUCGCUUCCUUAUUGAAGACAUCAAUGACAACGCCCCUCUGUUCCAGUCUACUGUCAUUAACAUCUCCAUUCCCGAGAACACAGCUAUCAAUAACCGCUAUCCGGUACCCUCAGCCUUCGACCCAGACGUGGGGCUUAAUGGCAUCCAGCACUAUGAGCUUGUCAAGAGUGUAAGUGAGUUUGGCUUGGACAUCAUUGAAACUCCGGAGGGAGACAAGUGGCCCCAACUCAUAGUCCAACAAAAUUUGGAUCGAGAAACCAAGGACACUUUUGUGAUGAAAAUCAAAGUGGAAGAUGGUGGCACACCUCCAAAGUCCAGCACAGCCAUCCUCCAGGUCACAGUCUCUGAUGUAAAUGACAAUCGGCCAGUGUUCAAGGACACUGAGGUGGAGGUAAACGUGCCAGAAAAUGCCCCUAUGGGGACAUCAGUCACGCAACUCCACGCCACUGAUGCUGAUCUUGGCUCCAAUGCUCAGAUCCACUUUUCUUUUAGCAAUCAAAUCUCUUUGGUAUCCAGACGACACUUUGCUAUCGACGGUUCUACUGGAUUGAUUACGAUCAAGCAGCCAUUGGACAGAGAAUCUAACCCUGUCCACAAGCUUAUAGUCCUGGCAAGUGAUGGUAGCACCACACCUUCUAGGGCUACUGUCAUAGUAAAUGUAACAGACAUUAAUGACAACGUUCCAUCCAUCGACACUCGGUAUAUAAUAAACCUUGUAAAUGGCACAGUACUUUUGUCUGAAAAUGCCCCUCUAAACACAAAAAUAGCUCUAAUUACAGUGACUGACAAGGAUGCUGACCUUAAUGGUAAAGUGACAUGUUACACGGAUCAUGACGUACCCUUUCGGUUGAAGCCUGUUUUUAAUGACCAAUUCUUGUUGGAAACUGCGGCUCCCUUAGAUUACGAGACUACUCGGGAGUACGCAAUUAAGAUAGUAGCUUCAGAUUCGGGGAAACCUCCUUUAAACACGUCUGCAAUGAUCCUCAUUAAAAUCAAGGAUGAAAAUGAUAAUACUCCAGUUUUCCCCCAGCCAGAGGUUCAGCUGUCCAUCCCAGAAAACAAUGACCCUGGCACACAGCUGAUAAAGAUCAGUGCCACGGAUGCAGACAGUGGUUCUAAUGCCCUUAUUAUUUAUACCCUUGGCCCAGACGCACCUGAUGGGUUUAACAUAGAUCCACGGUCUGGUAUACUCUCCGUCAGCAAGAGACUGGAUAGAGAAAAACAGGAAGCCUAUUCAUUUACAGUCAUUGCCAAGGAUAACGGGUCUAAUCCUCUGCAAAGCAAUGUCACUGUGAAGCUAAUUGUCCAAGACCAAAACGACAACAGUCCAGCCUUCACCCAUCCCGAGUACAAUUUCUAUGUGCCUGAGAACUUGCCUUUGUAUGGCACAGUUGGCUUGAUUACAGUUACAGAUGCAGAUGCAGGUGAUAAUUCGGUAGUUACCCUCUCAAUCAUAAAUGGAAAGGACAAUUUUAUUAUUGACCCUAAAACUGGUGUAAUUAAACCAAACAUCACAUUCGACAGGGAGCAGCAAAGUUCCUAUACCUUCAUAGUCAAAGCUGUGGAUGGAGGAUUAAUUCAGACAACUUCAUACGCAAAGGUCACCAUAAAUGUUGUUGAUAUUAAUGACAAUCGGCCUGUGUUUGUUAUCCCACCUUCCAAUUACUCUUAUGACCUAGUCCCUUUCACAACCAGCCCUGGCUCUGUGGUGACCCGAGUAUAUGCCAUUGACAAUGACACUGGCAUGAAUGCAGAGCUGCAGUACAGCAUUAUUGGAGGUUCACCAAGAGGUCUUUUUGCUAUUGACAAAAUUACAGGGAACAUUACUCUGCAGGAGAAGAUUGUAAAUGCUGAUCAAGGCCUUCAUAGGUUGGUCGUAAUGGUCAAAGACUUAGGACAGCCAGACCCCUUGCACGCAAUUGCGCUUGUUCACUUGUUUGUGAACGAUACCAUCUCCAACGCUACGUUUAUUCAGGAGCAAGUCCGCAAAAGUAUGGAGACACCCUUGGACAGAAAUGUUGGGGACAAUGAUGUAGUCCCUCAAAACAAUGGCUAUGUAAUCGUGGUCAUAGCCAUAAUUGCUGGGACUAUGACUGUCAUAUUGGUGAUAUUUGUAACUGCUUUGGUACGUUGUCGGCAAACACCCAGGCACAAAGUUGUUCAGAAGGGCAAGCAAAGUGGUGAGUGGGUAUCACCAAACCAGGAAGGGCGGCAGAUCAAAAAGAAGAAGAAGAAAAAGAAGAGGUCUCCUAAGAGCUUGCUGCUGAAUUUUGUCACUAUCGAAGAAUCCAAGUCUGAAGACCCUUCUCAUGAGCACAUCAAUGGCACCUUAGACCUUCCAGUUGAGCUUGAGGAACAGACAAUGGGAAAGUAUAAUUGGGCCACCACACCAACCACAUUUAAACCUGACAGCCCUGAUUUAGCCAAGCAUUACAAGUCAGCAUCUCCCCAGCCUACCUUUCAGAUCAAACCAGAAACCCCAGUGGCUCCUAAGAAGCACCAUGUCAUUCAGGAACUCCCGUUGGACAACACAUUCGUAGUUGGCUGUGACACUCUCUCCAAAUGCUCCUCCAGCAGCUCCGACCCCUACAGUGUCUCAGAGUGCAACUGUCAAGGGAGCUUUACGGCACCCGGGCAAAUUCACACCCGACAGGAGACGGCACUGAAACCACCACUCUAUGGCACACUCUGUGGCACAGGUACUACUCGCUCCCACAGGAUAAAAAUCAAUCUCUAGCUGCCAUAUCCUAAAGAGAAGGGAGAAAGAGAGGGAGGGAGAGGAAGGCACUGACUGAAGAGGGGGAAAACAAUCGCAUAAUGUACACGUUCUGCAGCCUGAAACAGGACCUAGAGAGAGGAGAGGAGAGGAGAGGAUGGCCAGGCUAUUUUCUCUGAGACACAUCUUGUUGCCUGCUUUCAGCUUGUCAGAAUAUCCGCUAGUGAUUUUGUAGGAGAAUUCGAGAUGCUUUGUUAAAUCAUUUUUGUGCUCACUUACUAGCCUCCCUAACGAAGGCUCAAUACAACUCGUUGGAAUAUCUUUUUUUUUUUUUUUUUAGCCUGUUCACUCACACGGCAUGUACACUUUAAAACGAUGUAUAACCUUUUUAAUGGUUCUUCAAUUGCCCCCAACCCCCACCUUACAAUUUCAAUGUCGAGACUCUACAGCAAAGGCGUUUCCUUUCAGGAUUACAAGUAGAACCCUGUUUGUGAAGCUAAGUAAUCAAUGUGAGCCCUUAAUAAUCAAUAAACCUUUAAGCUUAGUUUCUGUAUCAGUGUUAUGUAUUUAACUGUGUAACGUCACUCUCUUCUUCGUACCUAGAACUUGAAUUUUAACUUGUACCAGUCUUGCACUUUGUGGAUCAUGUAGGCUUCACAACCUGCUGAAAAAAUACUGGAUCUUACGAUAUAUUUACUUUGAAUCACUGACUGUUUAAUAUUUUACUAUCUUAAAAUGUUCAUGAACAUGACAAACCUCAUUCGUGAAAUUUAGUACGUUCUGAAAUAGAAAUCGUAUAAAACCUUCUUGCUGUAUACAGUCACUUCUGUAGAUUCACCUGAUAUUUAAACUCACCACUGACACUUCAGUAAUGAAUUAUUAUCCAAACACUGCUGCUAAAGUUCAAAUUGAACAAAAAAAAAUGAUAUCGUAUGAUUUUAAAUCUACAUAUUUAUUGUUUUAUUCUAGUCCUAUAACGGUUCUACGUGGACAGGGACACACUUUGUUGUAGGGUUUUAGCUUUAAGGGUUCCCCAGAGAGGCAACCGAAGAACCUUAAAGGGUUCUAAAUUUUUUAAAAGUGUAAAAUAAUUAUGUACAGGAUGUCUAUUUCGAUAUGUGUUCAUGUACUAUAAAUUCAGCACAGUCUUUGUUGUUUGGAUAUUUAUUGAUUUGUUUGCCACAGACUUUUUAGAUUUAAUUAGACAGCUCAGCAACACUUUGAUGUUCUGGGUGCUGAAUUAUUUUUCUUUUCUUUUUCUUUUCUUUCUUUAAAUCUCCCGUUCAGGGGUUUUGCUCACAAAACUUCUGACUGCUAAUUUCUGAUGUUGCAGUAAGUCCAUUUUCCCCAUGACCUCUAUGAUUAUGCUGUACCUCUUCACUUUACUUCAGCUGCCCCGGUGUUCUUCACCUAUUGACGUCAUCCCCGUGCAAGUCAAUAGUAAAUGCAUGACUUGACAUGAUCACUGUGGUAUCGCUGAUGUAUCACUGUGACACAGGGUUCGACAGCUGUGUCUUUCAUUCCACAUUUGCCACAUUUUCAAGAAUAAAAAAAGAAACAAAAACACUUUCUUUAAAAUAUAUAUAUAUAUAUAUGAGAGUAGAAGAAGAGUCAGAUUUGUAUCUGUUGUCUGUCAGAGAUCCUGCGGCAGAGUCAGUAUAACCUGUGAGAUGUAUUUAUUUGCUAUCAUAUAGACAACCCUCAGGCAGUCUAUAAUAAGACUUGCUAAGCUUUAGGUUGAGUAUGUACUCUGAAAUGUGUCAUGCUAUUCUGAAUCUGACGUGCUAUUUAUUCCACAUAAGAAACAAGACAGAAACUGUUGUUCCUUUAUGGUGUAGAAAUAAAAAAAAAGAAAGAAAAAAGAAUCACCAAUUCAAGCUUUACAUAUGAAAGCAAUAAAUUAAAACCAGGAUCAUCUGUGAGCUGUGAUUAGAUUUUUUUUAUUUGUUUUUGUUUUUUUGUUGUAACAUUUAAAGUCUGUACAAGAUUAGUACAACUUUUUUAAUAUCCCACAGCUACGUUGAUGUAAGGGCACCUUAAUGCAGUCUAGUGAAUCAUUUCCCAAGGUCUAUAGAUUCCCUUGGAAUUAAGUAGAGAAGCUUUCGGGCACAAAGUGUUGACCUUUUUUUCCAUGCCAGAGGUGUCAGAUGUCUUAAAUCAGAAUUGAAUAUGUUUCUAUGAUGUUAGAAAACAGUAUGCCUCAUACAUAAACUGUAGCACUGUGUAACAAAUUGGUAGAUUUACCUGACUUUCUAAAAAAAAAUAAAUCAAGAGCUAUUAUUAUUAUUAUUAUUAUUAUUAUUAUUAUUAUUAUUAUUAUUAUUAUUAUUAUUAUUAUAUUGUGUGAGGGAGAUGGACAUUAGCACUUGUCAAAUGUAAAGUACAAUAUGCACCUUACGUUUUUCUUUGUAUUCUAAUUUGCCAAUGUGUCGACUGUAUAUAAAUGUUUUGUUAAUGUAUGUU